UCAUUACUUUGUAUUUAGCAGUAGAAGCAUUAACAAGUGCUGUUAAUAAUUUUCCAUUGUAUCCAUUUUUAUUAAAUAUUUACUUAACUAGUUAUUUUAAUUGAUCUCAAAAUCAUUUUCAAUUUAACUGUCGCCUAUUGUUUAUUGUAGUUACUACGAUUUUUGACAAAACGAAUACAUAAUACAAAUAAAAUGAAGAAUGCUAAGAAUUCUGAAACUCCGGUGGACAAUAAUGACAGUGAAUCCGUUUACAUUCCGAUGAAAAAGAAAUUUAAUAAAAUUUUUUCUAUUUUAGAACGAAAAAAACUUUUUUAUGAGAUUUGUGCUAUUUUUGGUGUUAUUGCAAUCAUUUUCUUACUCUGGUGUUUGGGUUGUGGUGAUUAUAUAUUUUACACUGAAUAUUCUAAUAUAAAAAAAACACCAGCUGAAGCAAAGUUUCUAGACACUUCCAAAGAACUACCAACACUAAUGAGCUACGAAACUAACAUGGAUACAAAAUGGGAAAGAUUUAAACAAGAAUAUUAUGACGGUUUGUUAGAUGAUUCAAAGUAUCGUUUAAAACGUGAUGAAUCGAGAGUUCUUGAGACGAUUAAUGAGGUCGACCCAACAAUAGCAAAUCACGAACGAAUAACAAAACAAAGAAUAGAAGUUGAUACAGAAAUAAAUAAUUGUAAAGCACGUUGGAAAUAUUGUACAAAUAUUAUAAAUUCGUUAAAUUCACAAGCCAAAACUGCCAGUGAUGCAAUUGAAAGUUUAAAACAAACGAUCGAAACAAUGAAACCUAACUCAGAAAAUCCGUCGAUUGAAGAAUUAUAUGAAUGUUUGGUAUGCGAGAGCGCAAGAAAAAGUGACAUUAAGAAGAUGGAUGAUAGAGGGUCCGGUGGUUCUCGCCCUUACAAAAAUUCUAAAGGAUCAAGAAAUCAAAAUGUAAAUCAUGUAGUCAAUGUAUUUACAAAUGAUAAACCUAUUGAAGGUAUUUCUAAAGUAGAAUUACCUACGUCUAAUGGAAAUAUUCAGAGGGCAGUAUUGAUAUCCAAGUCUAAUACAAGUAAGAUUCAAGAUGGUGCAAAAAUAACUCAAGUUAUCAAAAAUAGAACUGUUAUAGAAAGAUCAGAAGAUUCAGAUGAGCCAGUUAAGUUUUAUAUUCCUUUUAUACAACAUCAAGGGAACAAUAAAAAAAAUAAUCAUAAUCCAAAUGAUUAUUCAAAUAGAAUGACCGUUAGAGAUACUACUUCUUAUAAUGAUCAAAAACGUAAUGAAUUGAUGAGAAAUAAUUUUAAUGCAAACAAUCCUCCAUUCUAUCAACAAAAAAUCAAGUCAAACUCUAAAAUAUUCAAUGAAGCACAAAUGUCACAGCCAGAACCAAGUAAUCCAUCAAAUCCAGCGAUAAUACCAACAGCGGAAAACACACAAUCUAGCCAGCAACUUCGAUUGACUCCUGUGGUACCAUUGAUACCUUAUCCUCUUUGUUAUUACGGUGCAGUGGCUCCAGCUCAAGUUCCUAUGAAACCUGAACAAUUUCUAUUUCCUACUGAGACUGGAAACUAUUAUUUACCACCUGCUACAGGAUUUACUAAUCCCAUAGCUCCAAGUCCCUUUGGAAAUACAGAUUUAAAUCAACGACCAUUAACUGGUCCUUUUCAACCAUCUGCAUAUUCAUCAGGUUAUCCUGUUGUACCUCCUCAAGUUCCUAACAAUUAUUUUGGUGAGCAGAGAGUAGGACCAACAGGUCCUGGCAAUCUAUUUCCUGGAUAUGGAUAUCCUAGAUCUCAUUCACCUCCUCUGUAUCCUUGUCCUUAUGUAACUAUGCCAACUUUUCAAUUUCCUUUAGUCCCUGGUGUAUCCGAUCUACAGCGUAUGGAAGACUCACCUAUGGGUUUUCGAAAUAGUCUCGGACAACCGCUGGAACAGCCUUCCUUUAGAGGAAGUACUUGGAGAGAAAGUAGUAACAGCUCAGCACAAAAUUCGCAAUUAGAGUGUAAACCGAACUAUUUUAAAUGCCUUGAUAACAGCCUUUGUAUUCCAAUAUUUCAACGUUGUGACGGUAAUGUUGAUUGUCCUGACGUCAGUGAUGAAAAUUCCUGCUCAUGCAAAGAUCGGAUUACUAGAGAUAAACUUUGUGACGGAUAUUUUGAUUGUCCUAAAGGUGAAGAUGAACUUGGUUGUUUCGGAUGUGGUAACGACUCUUUUAGUUGUCAAGACUGGACAAAAAAGAAUCCCCAUGGCAGUUGCGUUCAAUUAUCUGAAAGAUGUGACGGUGUACAGCAUUGUCCAAAUUCAAAAGAUGAAACUGAUUGUAGUAUACUUACUCAAUCUUUUAUUGAAAACCAAGACCUAUUUACUAUUGGAUAUUCUUCUGGUUAUCUCUUCAAAAAUUGGCGUGGAAAAUGGUAUCCAGUAUGUUCUCCAACAAUGGCAUGGGCUAUUGAAUCUUGUGCAUCAGAAGUAGGAACUUCUAGUAAGCGAACACCAAUAGUAACUGUCGAGUCUAUCGUUCGAGGUCAUACUCAAGAUUCCUACUUGACUAUGAAACCAUCAGGGCAAAUAGAAAUCGUUCCAGAAUGUUCUGAUAAAGUUGUAUUUGUCAAAUGUCCUCCAAUUCCAUGUGGAACUCGAGUUCUUGUUAAAGAAGGAUCUUUCAGACCAUACGGAGUAUAUGAAGAUACUUUAGUGGCUUCUCAGCAAACUGAAAAUGUUACACUUAAUACAACGUUAAGUAACUCUAGCAAUAUCACAGAUGUGAUUCACCAUAAAAAUGUUGAUGGGCGAAGUAUGGAUUCACGUAUUGUAGGAGGUCGUGCAAGUCAACCACAAGCUUGGCCUUUCUUGGUAGCAAUUUAUAGAGAUGGAUAUUUCAAAUGCGGUGGAGUUAUUGUUAAUGAACAAUGGAUUUCAACCGCAGCACACUGUGUAGAAGGGCAUCAAAACCAUUAUUACCAGGUUUUCGCAGGUUUACUUCGACGAUUCUCAUUUUCACCGAUGGCUCAAAUUCGUCAAGCAAAGUCUAUCAUACCUCAUCAUGAAUACAAAGAAUAUAAUAUGCUCAAUGACUUAGCAUUAAUCCAAUUAGAUGAAGGUCUAAGAUUUAACCGUUGGAUCCGCGCGGCUUGUCUUCCACAACCUCAAUGGGGAAAUCAACCAACUGCUGGAGACAAAUGUACCGCCAUUGGUUGGGGAGCAACUCAUGAGCAUGGACCUGAUCCUGAUCAUCUGAGAGAUGUCGAAGUACCUGUGUUAGCGCAAUGUAAACGUCCUACUGAUCAUUAUGAAGGUGUAGUGUGUGCUGGAUUGCCAGAUGGUGGCAAAGAUGCUUGCCAAGGAGAUAGUGGUGGUCCCCUCAUGUGCAAAGUUCAGAAAACUGACACUCAGUGGUAUGUAGCAGGAAUUGUAAGUCAUGGAAUAGGCUGUGCACUUCCCAAUGAACCAGGAGCUUACACUCGAGUUAGCCAUUAUUUUCAUUGGAUUAAUGAAACUAUCCAUCGAGAUCAUCCUCCUUUGGGAUCAGAAACUUUAUCAGAUUGCCCAGGCUUUAAAUGUUCGGGGCAUCAAGGAAAAUGUCUUCCUCUCUCUCGACGAUGUGACAAGAAUGUAGACUGUUUAGAUGCUGAAGAUGAACUUAAUUGUGAAAAUGUACAACAACCAACUCCAAUAUUCUUCAGAGGAUCAUCUAAUGAACCAGCUUAUGAACAUCCAGAAAUUAAUGAUAACGUUCAAAAUCAAAUGAAUGACCCACAAUCUGCUCAUGGAUCUGAGAAUGACGAUGUCAUGAAGAUUGAUGUAGUAGAAUCAAUGACGUCAAGAUUCAUUGAAGCAACCACUGAAAUGACUGAACUAACUGAAGCGGUUACUGAACACUCGGAAAUAUCAGUAACAUCUCAAGUCAUUGAUACGACUCAAUCAUACCCUGACAGUCUCGAUGAGCCAUUACAAUUCAUUUGCUCUCGAUUAACACAAGCUAUUCCGAUAACUGGAAGGUGUAAUAAAGUCAUAGAGUGUGAAGAUGGAACAGAUGAAGCGGAAUGUAGUUGCAAAGAUUUUCUAGUUAAAUUACAUCCUUCAUCAAUUUGUGACGGAAGAAUUGACUGUGCUGAUGAGAGUGAUGAAACCAAUUGCAACUUCUGUGAAGAGAAUCAAUUCACUUGUACCCGAAGCGGAACUUGCAUUCCUCAGAGUAAAAGAUGUGAUAAAAUUAAUGAUUGUCCAUUGAACGAAGAUGAAUUAGACUGCUAUGCUUUAACUGAUAGUACUUAUAUCGGAACUGACUUUAAUGGAUAUUCUACUUUGAAAUAUAAAGGAAUAGUUACAAAUUUAACAAAUCAAGAAUGGAGACCAGUUUGUUAUGAUAUUCAUAAUACUGAGCUCAAAAAUAAAAAUUAUUUAGACAGCUUUUGUCAACAUUUGGGAUUCAGAGAGCAUAAAGCAUUUAAUUUACGUCAAAUAAAACAUUCACCUCUAAAAGUCGAGUCUAAACUUCGUUAUGCUGAUGAUUUUGUUGACGAAUUAGCAUUACAAAUCACUAAUUCAGAAACAAAUAAAGAAGAAUUAUGUUACGGAUUAAAUAUCCAAUGUGAACUGGUUUUCAAUCAUAGUGUUGAAACUUUUGCUAUUAAAGAUGCAAUUUCUCAAAAUCAAACUUAUUUAUGGCCUUGGGAAGCAGCAAUCUUCGUAGAUGGUCAUUAUCAUUGUCCAGCAAUUCUUUUGAACUACGAUUGGGCACUAUCCAGUUCAAGAUGUACAAGAAAUAUUGAUUUAAGGAAAAAUUAUACGAUUGUUUUGGUUGGCUUAUCUUUAACUUAUAAAUAUGUAGACGGACCUGAUCAACAUAUAACUCAAGUACAGAAUAUUCAGAACUUGGCCCAAUUGGAACUUUCAAUGUUACGGAUUGGAUUGAAACAAAUUUCUAGAUAUGUUCAACCAAUAUUUUUCGACAGAAAAUUUUACCCGGCGACAUCUGAUGAUGAAUGUGUAGCAAUUGGUACCGAUACAAAAUUAAACACUAAAAUGACAUUUCUUCAGACAGUUCUUAACGACUGUCCCCCUUGUCAUCGAUGUUUUAAAAACAAAAUCAUAGAAGAAUGUCCGAAAAAUGAAACUACCGAGGAUUGGAGCGGUACUGUUACAUGUCGAGGGCCUAAUGGAUGGUAUCCUGCUGCGAUUUUCCAUGAAAAAGAUAUUUUCUGUGAAUACCAUACUGUUCAAUCUUUAACGAGUAUUGAUUAUAUGUAUGCCCACCUGAUGGAAUCUACAGAAGGAUCUUCAUACAUACCAGUUGAUCCUCCAUUCUGUGAUGGGAAACGAUGCUCACUAGGCAAUUGUGUAACUUGGGAUAGAGUUUGUGAUGGAAUUCAAGACUGCCGAGAUGGUAGUGAUGAAAGUAUUACGAUCUGUAAUGAAAAACAAGGAUGUGGAGUGUCAGAAAUGCAAUGCAAAAAUGGCAUGUGUAUACCAAAAGAAAAAUAUUGUAAUAAACAUGCUGAUUGUCCUGACGGAUCUGAUGAACCAGCUGAAUGUAAUUGUGCUGCAUACUUAGAAUUAGCUCAUCCUAAACGUCUUUGUGAUAACAUUCGUGACUGUUAUGAUAAAUCUGAUGAAAAUCCUGAUAUGUGUCUCUGCCAAGACAUCAGCUUCAAGUGUUCAAACAGUACCAACUUAUAUGGCGAUAUUUUCUGCAUAUCAUACGAAUUUGUUUGCGACGGUGAAAAAGAUUGUCCUAACGGCGAGGACGAGAUAGAUUGUAGAACUGUAAGAGGAACUCUAAAAGAUCCUCAAGGCACAGGUGAAGUUCUUCGUCGUUCUUACGGUGUGUGGCAUUCAGAAUGUUUCUCGGCACCCAUUGAAACUGAUUCUGAAGCCAAUGAUCUCUGUAAAUCUAUGGGCUAUUCAAACGGUACUAUAUUAAAUUCUCUGAAAUCUAAUGAAUAUGGUCCGGGCACCGAACUUCAUAGAGAGAAUUUUUAUAUAGUUGUAUUUAAUGAGCACAUGUAUAUGGGUCUCAGAGACAAUAAACCUCUUGUAAACAUUGUUCCUCGUUCGGAAAAUUGCCACAGGGCUUUUGUUCAAUGUUUAUGAAAAUUAUAAAGCAUAUAAACAUAAUCCAAAUCAUUAAUUAAGUAAUUAAUUAAAAAUUAUCAAUGACGAUUGUUAGGUGUUUUUAUAGCAGUAAAUCAAUGAUUUUAUAUGUAGGUUUUUUUUUUACUAAUUUCGUUAAAUCUAAUCUAUUUUGAUAGACAUGAAU